AACUGAAGCUGCAUCGAAUAUGAAAACCUGUAAAUCCAGUCAUUUGGAUUCGGGCGUAGAAUCAGACAUCCAGUGCAGAAGUGCAGCAGGCUGUGUCAUGAAGUGCAGUUCGGAAAGGAUGGAGAGUGCUGCAAAGAGAAGACUGGCUGCCAACGCCAGGGAGAGGAGACGGAUGCAAGGACUGAACACAGCCUUUGAUCGUUUGAGAAAGGUGGUUCCACAGUGGGGUCAAGAUAAGAAGCUGUCCAAGUAUGAGACCCUUCAGAUGGCUUUGAGUUAUAUCAUGGCUCUCACCAGAAUACUUGCUGAAGCAGAAAGAUACAGUACUGAAAGAGAAUGGAUUAGCCUUCACUGUGAACACUUCCAUCCGGAGAGCUACCACCAUUACGCCGGACAAAAAGUGGCAACAGACAGUGAUCCCUACGCACAGCGAAUAUUCAGCUAUCACCCUGAACACUUUCAGAUAGCUAAUUAGAACUUUUAACAAACUAAGAAUAAGCAGCAGGCCAGGUGUGUAAUUUAAUAAUUAGCAAGAGUUAAUCUGCUUGGAUAAGGUAAUAUUGGCAUUAUAAUAGCUCAUUCUUGUUUGCAUCUUAUACUAAUUUGACACAAUAAAUUUGCUUUGAGAACUUUAAAUUGAAAUGCAUUUAAGAAGAUUGAAUAUAUUUAAGGCUGGUGGAAAGCAUACUUUUAAUUUGAAAGCUUUCUGAAAGUUGCUUCCUAGUUUAUCUAGUUAAUUUGAUUAGUUUAUUAAAUAAGUUUUUGGUGUUUUUUUGUUUUUUUUUUUUUUUUUUUUCCUGUGACAAACUGUGACAGUAUUCUCUACAGAUCACGGGCCAAAAUGACCAGCAGUGUAACUGAAUGGAAUAGCACCAGAAAUGAACUUCAUGCCAUGUUUUUAUUUUCAUGUCAGCUUUAAAGUUAUUCUUGGGUUUGUUUUCACAGAAAUGGAUCCCAUGGAAAAAGCUUUAUAUUGUAUUGGAGUUCUAGUCCUCAGAGAACUAAUUUUCUUAAACUUUGUAAGUUUGACGUAUGGGUUCCAAGGUUGUGUAGGUAUGCUUUAAUCCAAUUUAUGGUGUCUCUUGUAUGCUCGAAAAAGAGCUUAGUUUCAAGUCAUGGAAGGAAUUUUCAAUGGCUGUAA